UCCGGCGAGAAAUGCCGAGAGAUGAACGAACGGGUCCUCGCCAUCACUGUUUUGAAAUCUCCCACGAGAACAUAAACAAAUUUCCGGACUUUCGUGGACACUUCGCCAGACAUGGAAGAAGCUGAGAAGAACGGAGAGGUAGAGGUGUAUCAGACCUUCGAAUUAUCUGACGGAGCUCGCACUGUCACCAUUUUGGCUUCAAAAGAGGAAGAAGAACGGAUAAGCAGAGACCAGGCCUAUGCUACACAGAGGUUCCUCUCGGCUGUGGGUGAAUACCAUGUUGAGGAAGGAGAAGAAGACUUCAACCACAAUGCUACCUUACUCCUAAUUGAAUGCAUCCGUGAUAGAUUUGACAAGUUUACAUCAUGCAGGCAGGAAAGAAAUCAAGUGUACAGAGAGAUCCAAGAAGAGUUUAGAUCAUAUGGGUAUAACUUAUCAAUUGAAAAAAUACGGAGCAAGUGGAAUAAUCUCGUUACAACAUACAAGAGAAUCAAAGAGAGGCACAAGGCAGGGCUUGCUGGUAAAAGAGUUUGGGACUAUUUCCAGCCCUUAGAUGAGCUCCUCAGCCCUACUUACGAAGCAUCAGGACCAGCUGGAUUGUCACUCCUCACCGGAAAGUUGGAGAAGAAUGAACAACAAUCAUCAGGCUCACAUAGUACUUUCCAAAAAAUCUCUUUAUCUCCAGAACCCUCCUUUUCACCUCCCCUUGCUUGCUCACCUGUGACACACACAACAAUCUCAAUUCCCUCCACAUCAAGUACGCAGGAAUUGAAAAGGAAGCAUUCAGACUCAAUGCUGGGUCAAGAACAGAUUGCAGACCGAGGGGAAAAGAGACAGGAGAUGAUGGAGCAAUAUUUUCACCAAAUGAAAGAAAAGGAUGUUAAAGAAGAUGAAUAUAGGAUAAGAAAAGAGAAGAGGGACAGGAUGAAAGUAAGAGCUUUACAAAAAAUAGGAAAAGAAUUAGAAAUAAUUGCCAAAACACAAUUAGAUCUUUUAAAGAAACAAGAUGUUAUUCUUGAAGUAUUAAAAAAAGGUAGUAAAUGAUAUUUGUUUCUGUAGUAAACAUUUCAUUAAAAAAUAUUUUUUUGUAACAUGGAAAAUGUUAUACAGAAGUGCCAAAGCCUAUAUAUUGGUUAAUAGUGGAAGUAUUUUGGUGAAAAAUAUAUUCUGAUAUUUUGUAAACAGAAACUCAUGAUAGUUUUACUGAUACUGUAGCUACAAGUUUAAUAAUUUUCAGUGUUAUAAUAAGGAGUAUAAUUUAUAAAUAUAAUUCACUGUUAAAAUAAUAAAUACCAUAAGGUUUGUAAUUACUAUUGUAACUCCAUUUACUUUUAUCAUUAUCAUGAACAACAAAAUAUAUAUGGACAAGAAAAUUAUUCCAAAAACCCUGUAAGAUCAUUAUUCUUUCCAGUGAAGUGAAAUACUUUUAUUUUAUAGUAUUAGUUUACAUCUUUGCAAUCUUACAAGAAUACAGUUAUUUUCACCUCUACAUUUAACAGAAGUAAUCAAUAUAUUUGUUUUGAUAUACUACUAUUAUUUUCACCUCUGUGCCAAAAGAUAAUCUAAUUUUAUGUUGAAUAAAUCUCCAUUGUCUUGAAAUACCAAAGAAUUGUAAUUUCACUUUUCUCCAUAUUUCUAAUGAAACCUUCAUUAAGAAGAAACAGACAAAAAUCUCAUGAAGAAUGAAAGACAUGCAAUAAAUAAUUUGCAGGUAGUUCAAUAUUGUAUUGCUUGUUCCUUACAGAAUUGCUUUAGAUAAUAACUGGAGAUUAAAAAUAUAAGAUCUUGUCUUUUAUCUCUAACUGCUGAAAGUUAUCUGCAAGAUAAUUAGCUGAAAAUCCUGACAUCGAAUACUACACAUCUUUAUUGCAUAAAAAAAUGUACCAACUUACUAGGAUUUUCAGUAUCGAAUACUUGGUGUGAACAUAGUAACUGUACUAAAAUAGAUUGUACUGUUAUUUAUAUUGCAGUCUGAACAAGACAUCAUUAAUAUGAGGAACAAAAUAUGAGGAAAUAAAAAUGUUAUUACUUAAAACAA